GCUAAUCUAAGGAAUGGACCAUGACCUAGCGACUUGAGUGCUUACAACUUCAUUUCAGGCUUAUGGUUAUUUUCAGGCAAAGACAUUUCUCACCUUAAUUAUGGUGACAUAAUUCAAACUGCCCGUCAGGGCCUCUCGCGCGUAUUUGGUCUUGGGCCAUGGCACAUUUCAACAGCGUGGACCGCGAGUUCGUGGUCCGCAAGGACCUGGACGACGACGGUACCGGCGCGGUCACUCUUCGGGUCCGCCCCUAUGAUGGCUGGCAUGACGUGCAGAGCCUCAUCUACAACGCGCCGGAGCUGCCCAUAAAGCGGCCUGAGGAUGAGGAGCUCUACGAAUACGAAAUUGAGGCGGUGCUGCCGCUAGCGCUGCAGUCAGACGCGGGCGCCGGCGAGCCCCCGCCGGAGCCCGACCCGCUCGCCGCGCUGUUGGGGGCCGGGACGCCCAAGCCACGGGCGGAGCCGCAGAAGCGUGUGCGUGUGAGCGAUGAGGCGAGCUGGCAGAAGCUGCAGCGCAUGAUGCCCUGCACGCCCACGGACCUUAUGGGGGUGACGCUCCGGAGCAGCGCGGGCAAGGCGCGCAGCGGCGCCUACGUCUUGCAGCUGCAGGGCUAUCACGGGCUGUGGGAAAUGGCGGUCAUCACCUCGGGCGCGCCGCCGCCGCACUACGGCCCCGGUGGUGGUGGCGGGGGUACCGCAGCAGCAGCCGGCCGCGCCGCCGGCUCCUCCACCGGCGACGGCAGCGAGGACUGGUUCAACACGUAUGGCGGCAACGGCCACGGCAACGGCAACGGCCACGGCAACGGCAACGGGCACGGGCAGGGGCACGGGGGGCCUGACGGCCACGGGGGGCCGCAGCCGUUCGACGGCGUGUGGUCGGAGUCUGACCUGCAGCAGCUGACGGCGUGCCUGGGGUCGGUCAUGCGGAGCGGCGCGGCGGAUCGCGUGGGCGCCGCCGCCAGCGGCUGCUGCACCCUGGCGGCGCUGUGGUGGCUGCUGCGGCAGCCCGCGGCCAAGCUCAGGGCCGCGCCGGACAAGCCUGCGGGGGGCGGGGCAGUGGGCGGCGCGGUCGUGGCGGUGACGCCAGAGCCGCCGGAGGCGCCGUCGCCGGGCCCUGGUGACGGGCCUGGUGGUGGUGGUGGUGGUGGUGGGGGUGGUGGGGGUGGUGGCGGUACAGCCAAGGCGAAUCAGCAGCCGGCCGCGUUCCGCCUGCAGCUGCGGAGGAAAGACCGAGGACCCAAGGCGGGCGCGAAUGCCGCGGGGGGCGCCGGCGGCGGCGCGGGCGGAGCGGCCACGGUGCUUCAGGCGCUGCUGUCGCCUGGCAGUGCCGGUCUGCCGGGAGCAGUGGCGGCGCUGCUGCGUGACACGGUGGCUCGAGUGGGCGGCGCUGGCCGGGCGCUGCUGCGGCAGCACAAGGCGCACCACUACGGCUUGUCGGCGGUGUGGGGCGUGGGCGUCUUGUCGGAGCUGUUGCGUGUGCCGUCGGUGCGCAAUGAGCUGAUGGCGGCGGCGCAGGCCGGCGCCGCCGCCGUGCCCGUCGGCGCUGCCAGGGCCAGCGCCGUCAGCGACGCCCCAGACGCCGCCGCCGCGGCCGCGGGGGCGGCUAUUGCUGGCUUCUCGCCCGCUGUUGCUGCCGCAGGCCAGUCGCAGUCGAGGCGGCGUGUGGGCAUGAUUGCCGGGGAUGCAGCGGAGGCGGGUGGCGGAGGUGGUGGCGGUGGCGGUGGUCGCAGGGGCGGCCUGGCCCAGGGCGGUGGAGGUGGCGGGCCGGCGGCCGCCAACUCGCUGGGGCUGGAGCUGGAGGAGGUGUACGGUCUGCUGCUGUCUGUGGCGGCGCUGCCGGCCUGGCUGUCGGCCCGGGCCGCGGCGCCGUGGGAGCUGCGGCCCAUGCCUUUACAGCAGGCCGCCACAGUCAUCCAGUCCACCCUGCGGGCGCACCUGGCCAGGAGGCAGAUACAGGCUCUGCGGGAGCAGGUCGCCAACGUCAUGAAUACCAUGCGCGCUGUGUCGCGGGCUCCCGCCUCCGGCCCCGCGGCGCAGAUGCUGCAAAAGGCUGGGCCCGCCAACGCCCUACCGGGCCCGGCAGCCAGGAAGGCGGGGCCGGGCGGCGGAGCGGAGGCGGGGCCGGGCGGGGCAGCAGCGGCCGUGCCGGGUGGCCGGGCUGGGGGGUUGACGGCGGCGCAGGAGGCGGAGCUGGCGAGCAUCACGGGCGCCAUCACGGGAGUGGAGCACUACUUCGACUUCGCCUCCGCGCCCGGGCACGCGGGGGUGGCUGCGGCCGAGGCGCUCCUGGCGCUGCUGCAGGGCGGCGGCCUGUUGGCUCGGGAGCACUUCUCGGCAGUGGCGCCGGCCGGCGCACUUCUGCGCCUGCUGGACUGCGUAGUGGUGCCGGCGAGGGUGGCGCACCUGGGACUGGUCAUUCUGGCCCAGGUGCUCAAGCCGGGCGGCGGCGCCGACGCCUUCUUCCGCGGAGCCGCCUCAGCAGCCGGCGGCGGCGGCGGCGGCGGCGGCGGCGGUGGUGGCGGCGGCGGCGGCGGCAGGCAGUCACAUGGUCUGCUGGCAGGGCUGAGUGGAGGGCAGGGCGGAGGCCACGGCCACGGCCACGGUCACGGUCAAGGACCGGCGCCGCACUGCGGUAUCGGGCUCGUGCUGGAGCUGCUGCGUGUGCUGGGGCCUCUGGCGGCACUGGAGCCCACCGAACGAAUGCUCAGGUUUGGCCCCACCGAGAGCCGCCCCUUCCCUGGCUUCCGGCUCAUUGGCACCGGCGCGCCCUCCCAGCGCCUGUACCACCCGCCGCCGCUUGUGGACUGGCGCUGGAGCAACCAGGGCAGCGAGCUGUCCGUGCACGCGGCGGCGGCGGCCUGGGGCGUGGCCGCGCAGCUGGCCAGCCUGUGGGCGGCGGAGGGAGCGGCGGGCAACAAGAAGCUCAGCGGAGCCGCAGCAGGCCAGGCUCCAGGAGCGGGUGGCCGUGUCGGCGGCGGCGCAGCAGGCGCAGCCGGCUUUGGAGGUGGCGCCGUGAGCGCAGCCGCGGCGGUUGCCGCCGCCGCUGCGCCGCAGACACCUCUUGAGAAGGCGACCCACAAGCUGUUGACCAUGGCAGUGACAGGCCUGAGCUCGGGCCGUGUGGGUCCGGGCACACACAUCAUCCUGUGUGGUCUGGUGACGGUGGCGGCGGAGGCGGCGGCCGUGCCGUAUAUGGCACGUGCGGGUCUGGUGGACGCAGGCACCAGACUGCCGCCGCCGCCGCCGCCAGCCCAGGCGGCGGCGGCGGCGGCGGGGCAGGGCGCAGAGGGUGGUGCUGCUGCUGCAGCCGCCGCGGCUAUGGGUGGCGGUGCGGGCGGGCCGGCUCUCAGCCUUGCUUCUGGACCCAGCCUCCGCAACAUGCCGAGCCGCCGGCAGCUGGGCGCCGGCACCAGCCGUCGCUUCAGCGCUGCCGCGGCCGCGGGCACCGGCGACGGCACCGGCGGCGCGGACGGCGGCGGCGCGGAGGAGUUCGACCCGGAUGAGGACCCGCGCAAGCGCGCCGCGCGGGCGGCCAUGAAGGCCGGCCACACCUCGCUGCCGGGAUACGUGGGCAUCGCGCCGCACCCUCGCGGCCUGGUGGGGCUGCUUGUGGACAGCGACGCCCCCGGGUUCAUGGAGGUGGCUCUGGGGCUGAUGGGGUUAGUGGCGCAGCACGGCACGCCGUACGACCCGGUCAAAGGCGGCGCGCCCGGAUCCGGAAUCGGCGGCGCCGGCGACCAGGCGGUUGGAUCCGGCGGACCCGCCGCCUGGGCCGCCGGCGGCUGGGGCGGCGUGGCGCCUGGCGGCGGUACGGCUGGCGGCGGCGGUGGCGGUGGCGGUGGCGGCGCCGCCGGAGGUGGCGGCGGCUUUGCUGCGUAUGCGGCAGCUGCCGCGGGGGAAAGCGGGGCGGACGGGCUGGGGUCGGGGGCGCCAGAGCUGGAUCACGGCGGCAUACCGGCACGGCGACUGCUCAUGGCUGGCGGCUGGGGCAGCGCCUGCAGCUGCCUGGCCACAGCCGGCAGCAUGUGCCCCUCUGUUCCCGGCCUCACCGCCGCCACACUCAUGUUCCUAGCCAAGGAGGUGUACCUGUGGUCAGAGGUUCUAACGGCACAGGCGGCCCGGCGCAUAGCGGCGGAGGCGGCGGAGGCGGCCUCCCCCCGAAAGGCGGCGCCGCGCCGCCGCCCCCGCGUGCGCAUGGCUGGGGGCGGCGAUUCGCCGCAGCUGGGGGGCGGCCUGUCACCGCUGCAGAGCCUGGAGGUACAGCCGACGCUGUCGCUGGACCUGGCGGGGCUGCAGCUGACAGACCACCAAGCAUCGGGCGCCGUCAGCGGCCCCGCCACGGGGCGGGAUGACGGGCUGCCGGGGCCGGGCGGCAGGGCGGCGGACGGCAGGCCUGGGUCGCCGGAGCAGGGGCCUCAGGGGCGCCCGCCUCGGGCGCACCACCACCACGGACACCACCACGAGGAGGACGCGCUGGGCCUGGAUCCGGAGCUGGGCGCCUGCCCCCCCGAGGUGGAGUCCCUGUUCCGGUGCCUGCUGGGCGGUCCGCACGCCGGCAAGCCUGGCGGAGGAGGAGGCGGCGGCGCCUUUGGAGCGGGGGGCCGGCGCGAGAGCCGCGCAUCAGAUGCAUCGGGGCGGGGCGGCGCGCCUGAUGACGAUUUCAAGACACUCACGUCGGCGCUGCAGGUGCUGACUCAGCUGCUGGGCCGCCUGGACCACCGGCUGCUGCAGCACACGGCGCUGGCGGUGUUCCACCUGGCGGCGGUGCCGCUGCUGAGGAACCCGCUGGGCAGGGCGGGCGUGGUGGCGGGGCUGGUCACCGCCAUGCGCCGGUGGUACGACCUGCCCCCCAGCGAGCAGCGCGCCUUCCGCGCCACCGCCGAGUGGGCCAUGGCCGCGCUGGUGCGGCUCACCGCGGAGCCGGGCGGAGACAGGAACCGCUACAGGCUGGCGCAGGCCUAUCGUGACGACGCCGCGGCCGCGGCUGCGGCGGGCGGGUCCAACGCCGCAAAGAGCAUCUUCAGCGGCUUCGGCUAUGCCAUGACUGAGGUGCCCGGCAGCGUCACCACAAAGCGUGCCGGCCGUACGGGGGACGAGCUGGUUGCGACCACCAAGUGGGGUGGCGGCUGGGGCUGGGGCGGCGGCGGCCAGGGCGGCGGCGCGGCGGCGGGCAGCGGCGCGGAUGCGGCCAAAAUGGCGGCGGCUAGUCGAGGCGCCGGCGGCGAUGACGAUGACGACGAGCUGGCUCGCGAGCUCGCCGCCGCCAGCACCGGCCCUAAGUCCGCCUCCGACCCCAUCGGCCUGCUGGUGCAGCUGACGGCACUGCGCAGCCGCAGCCGCUCAAGCUACAUCCACAUAAAGCUGCCGGCGCUGCUGCUGCUGCGACAGUUCGCCGGUGAGCGGCUGUACCGGGUGCGGCUGGUGACGGAGGGCGCGGGCGGCGCACUGGCGGCGGUGGCCAACGACUCGGCCUACGACGGCAUGACGCGCGCGGCGGCGGCGGCGCUGUGGAUGGAGGUGAGCCAGACGCCUGAGGGCCGCGAUCCGCGCUGGUGGAGCGCCAUGGCGGAGAGCACAUCAGCCUCCGCAGCAGCCGGAGGCGGAGGCGGCGGCUCUGUGAGCAGCAGCACGCCACGCUCCGCCGCCGCCGCCACGGACGCCACGGGCGGCGCGAGCGGCGAGGCGGCUGCGGCUGCGGCGGGCGGGGAGCCGGCGCGGCUGCGCGCGCUGAGCCGCAUGAUCGUGAGCAUGCUGGGGAGCGUAGAGGCGGAGCAGCAGCUGGUCGGGGCGCGCGCGGCGGCAGGCCUGUUGUGUGAGGGCGACGCCGCCAAGGCGGUGUUCCUCGGCUGUGGCGGGCUGGCAGCGCUGCUGGCGGUGGCGGGGCGGCCGCUGGUGACGCCGGGUGUGCAGGCGGCGGUGUGCACGGCCCUACUCAACCUGUCCAGCUACGUGCCGGCGCAGGUGGACCUAGCCACCCGCUGCGCCCGGCUGCUGCUGCACGUGAACGCGCGCUUCACCGGCUACCACGGCUACCUCAUCACGCAACAGGGCCUGGCGGCGGCGGCACGGGCCAGGCAGCUGGCGGCCGACGCCGAGGCGCCGGCGGCGGAAUUCGCCCACGGCGUGGCGGGCAGCGGCGCGGCGCAGCGGCGGCAGAGGCAGCAGCACCAGGCGGGGCGCAGGAGCAGCCUGGCGGGGGGUGGCGGUGGUGGAGGAGGAGGAGGUGGAGGAGGAGGCAGCCCGGGGGAAAACAGCCUGGGUGGCGGCGUGGCGGAGUCGGUGGCGUCUGCGACGCCCACGAUCGAGCUGGAGUCCCUGGGGUCGGUGGAGGAGGUGUUGUACAGCAGCAGUGGCGCGCUGUACAACCUCAGCCGCCACCCCGGCAACCGCCAACUGCUGUACCGGCUGGAGCUGGAGGUGCGGACCCGCGGGGCACUGGCGGACGUGGCGGCGGACGUGGCAGCCAGGCCGCCGCGUGUGCCGGGUCUGUCCCGACCUGACGCCGCCGCCGCGCUGCUGUCCGGGCAGCUUCGGGCCGAUUCCGCGCCGCCCGCGCCCACCGGCCGCCGCAGCCUCGCCUCCGGCCUCACCGCCGCAGAGGCGGCCGAGGCGCGCCGCCGCGCCAACAAGGACGCAUCCAACAUGGGCUUUGGCGGCGGAGGCGGCGAUGGCGAGGACGAGGAUGAGGAGGGGCCGUACGGUGGAGAUCUGGCGGGCGGCGGCGCGAGCGCGUACGGCGGCCGCGGCGCUUUUGUGCCGUACUACAUGCGGCACGAGGUGGAGCGUUACGUGUCGUACGGGUCGUACCUUCAGGAGAUGCUGUCGCGGCCGCUGCACGUGCCGCCACGGGACGGCGGCGGCGGGGGGGAGGGAGGGAGCGGUCGGGCUGGCGGCGGCGCGAGCAGCCGUGGCGGCGGCGACGGAAGUGUGUGGGGCGGUGACGACGCCAGGAGCCAGGCCGCCUCCUCUGUGUACUCCGCGGGGCGCUCCGUCGCGGGAGGCGGGGCCGCCAAGUCGGUUGUGUUCUCCCUCAACGACGACGGCGCAGACCUGGACAGGUACCGUGCCGGCAGCGAUGACGGCGCCGACCCAGGGGGCGAUGCGGCGGAUGCGGCGUUCCAUGCCGCCUUCCCUCGACUGUCCACACUGCGGUCCCACAUGUCCAAGCCGCUCACCAGCCUGUGGGCGCCGCUGCUGGUGGACCGCCACGAUGGCACGCCGCUGCCGCUGUUCGGAGUGGUGGACCCGGUCACCGGGCAGCCGCUGCCGUCGGGAGCCUCGGCGGGCGGCGCGGGGCCGGCAGCAGGUGCGGGGCCGGCAGCAGGUGCGGGGCCGGCAGCAGGUGCGGGGCCGGCAGCAGGGACCGGCCGGGCCGGCAGCGACGACGGCAGCCCGGAGCGUGGCGGCGGUGACGGCGGCGGCGGCGGCGGCGGCGGCACCAGCCUGGUCUCCACCGCCACCACCAUCUCUCGCCUGCAGCGGCCCGGCACCACCACACGCUGGUCGCCGGCAGUGCGGCGAAUGCGGCCCGUGGCGGAGGACGAGCAGCAGCAGGGCGGCGGCGGCGGCCGCGCCGCCGCCGCCCCUGACGGCCAUGCCCCCGGUGUCGGUGCGGGUGGCGGCGGCGGCGGCAUCAACGUGCGUGUUGAGUUUGAGACGCACUGCCCGCACACGGCGGGGGCGUUGGUGCAGGGCCUGAAGACGGUGGCGGGUGGAGGCGACGGCAGUGCGGGAUCGGUUGUGUCCGUUGCCAGGAGCGGCGGCGGCGGCGGCGGCGCUGGUUCUGGAGGUGCCAGCGGGUCGCCGUUUGGUGGCGCGUACGGUGCUCGUGCCGCCACGGGUGCUGCGCUGGGGCCUUCAGCAUCAUUGCCGCGGCUAGGUGCAAACGCCUCCACAGCCGUUGCUGGUUCGCUUGCAGUGGGUGGCGGCGGCGGUGGCGGCCGCAGGCCCACUGCCAACGCCCGGCCCGGCACCGCGCCGGCCGCUGCGGCAAACGGUGGCGGCCGCGGGGCCGGCGGCGCCAGGGCACUGCUUCAGCAGCAGCGGGCUGCGCUGGCGGCUGCCUCGUCCACGUCUGCUUCUGGUGGCGGCGGCGGCGGCGGCGGCGGCGGCGGCGGCGCCAAUGGCGGCGGUGGCGGCGGGGCCAUGCUGCAUCAGGUGGCGGCGCUGAUGGCGAACAUGGACGUAGCCAAGGCGGUGCAACUGCGAAACGAGCUGGGCGCUAUCAAUGGACCGGCCUCACCUGCGGGCGUGGGAGCGGGAGCGGGUGGUGGAGGCGGGGCGGGGACGCUGGGUCGUUCCAAGUCGCGGGGGGCUGGGGGAGGAGGUGGUGGUGGAGGGGGAGGCGGCGGAGGGCCGUUGCGGUCCCCCACGCUCCUGCGACAGACGACCACCACCACCACACGCGGGGACGCAAUGUCCGUCAAGUCGGGUCGUAGUCGGAGAGCCGUGUCCACCGCCGCGCCCUCCAUCUCCGGCGUGUCCUCGCGCUUCGCCUGGGACGGCCACGACAGCGAGGACGGCGACGAGGAGUCGUACUGGGGCGGCGGCGAUUCGGGCGGGGAGAGCCGCGCCGGCGGGGGGUUCGGGUGGGUUAACGCGGCGGGGCAGGAGCAGCUCCGCGACUUCCAAGCGCCGCGUGUGGCCAUGUGGGCUGCCGUACCUGGAUCCAAGAUCUCUGAAGAGCUGUACCCCAUCUACCGGCUUGAGAGCGGCGAGCCCGUGCACAUCUACCGCCGCCGCAAGGACCGUGUGGACGAGAUACGGCCGGCGGGGCUGCCGCAAACCUCGGCCCCCGACGCCACGGCGGGCAGCUACGUGCGUGAGGAGGCGGCGGCUCGCGACAUCCUGGCGCGUGCGGGCGAGAUGCCACUGGAGCCGGAGCCGCCCGCGCCGGCGGCGCCGCUGGGGCCGCCCAAGCCCGACCACAGCGUGCUGCGGGACCCGCGCGAUUGGCUGCUGCUGCACGUGAAGCUGCAUCCGCGCAAGAAGCACCGGGCCCGGGGCUACACGCUGGAGGAGGAGGACGUGCCGCCGGUGGCGCCGUGGCGGGGGCUGGGCAAGUCCGUGUUUGGCGGCCGGCCCAAGGAGAACGACUCUCGCGCCUUCACCAACCGCCCCGGCAUUGAGCGAGACAUAUUCGACAAGGACUGGUUGCGGGCCAACGCCAAGAAGAGGUUCGGACAGCUCAUCACCAAGCACUGCCCAGGCGGCACUGCACAGGCGGAGCAGGUGCGGGCGCUGGUGAAGGAGCGCUACGGCCAGCUGCUGCUCAUAUUCGACUACUACAGCGUCAUGUGCGCCGGCUCCGCCGACCCCUUCUCCAUGCACCUGGUGGCCUGGGGCGCGCUGAUGGCGCAGUGCGGCGUGUGCGAGCGCGAGGGCGGCGGCCGCGGCGAGGGCGAGGCGGGCGGCAGCGCGGUGCGACCCGCGGACCUGGACCGCAUCUUCCUGGCAGCAAACUACGAGGAGGACAAGGCCAGCGAGGAAAGCAAGGCCAACCUGGACAACGCGCUGAUGCGGUUUGAGUUCAUUGAGGCGCUCCUCCGCACCGCCGUGGCCAAGUACCUCACGCCGGCAGGGGCGGCGGUGGAUGCAUCCGCAAAACGAGGAGGCGGCGGCGGCGGCGGCAGUGGCAGGGCCAGCCCAGGCCCGGGCGGCAGCGUACGCCCCGGCUCAGGCCGGGCGGCGGCGGCGGCGGCGGUUGUCAAAGACGUGAAACUGCCGCUCGAGAGCGAGUCGGCGGCGGCGGCGGCGGCGGCUGAGGCGGCGGCGGCGGCUGGGGGUGGUGUUCCGGCGGCGGGGCCGCCGCCCAUUGAGGUGCCUGCAGUGGACUUGGCCGCAAUCAGCGAAGACGCAGGUGGCGGCUCUCCCACCACCUCCGCCACCGGCCCCCCCUCCGGCGCCUGGACCAAGGCCCGCGACGGCGCGCUCACGCCGCCGGCGCUGCUGCCCGCCGGCUCCGGGCCCGGGCCCGGCACGCCCACCCUUGGCGGCGGCAGCGGCGGCAGCCUGGCGACCCGCUCUGCGUGGGAGCCAGUGGUCGACUUGGCGGGGGCUGUGCGGCGGCUGCUGGACGAGUGCAUCAUCCCGCGGGUGGUGCCGGGGGCGCUGGUGGAUCCGGAUGAGUUCCGGGAGAUGCGGCUGUACACACAGGACGUGGACGAGCUGUACGACAAACACGCAGCGCUGCUCAAGGCCAUCUACGGCCAUUACAAGGACCUUGCUCGUGACAGCGGCGCCGCGGGCUGGCUGGACCUGCCCGAGUGGCUUGAGCUGCUGGGUGAAGGCCGCCUGUACCACUCCCACUUCACCGUGAGGGAGGCGCGGCUGGCCUUCGUGUGGAGCAGGAUGAGGUACUAUGAUGAGCUGUCUGGCGGCCGCGCCUCACUGGCCCGGGCCAAGGCUCUGAGCUAUGUGGAGUUCCUGGAGGCACUGGGCCGCACCGCAGACCUCAUCAGCCCGCCGCCGCCCCAGCAGCUGGACAAGCUGGGCUUCCGUGGCGCCCACCCCACCUACGACUACUACGAGGCGGUGCGUGUGGACCCCGGCCUGCUACAGCCCGACCGCGGCAGUAGCGGCUUCCACGCGCCCAAGAGCCGCCGCCUGGCUGCCAAGCUGGAGCAGGUGCUGGAGGUGGUGGUGUGCGGGCUCAAAGACCUGUUUGGGGCCAACACGCCCGAGCAGCUGAUUGCGAAGCUGAAGCAGCCGAGGCCGCGGGGCUACAAGAUCAAGAAGGGAGGCGGAUGAGGCGGCGGUGGGGAGGGGGAAGGAGGUUGGGUAGUGGGAGGGAGAUGGGGGAGGGAGGAAGGGGCGGGAGGAGAAGCGGGAGAGGGGGGAGGAGUGGGGAAUGGAGGAUGCGUGGCAGUGUGGAGGGUGGUGUGUGUUUGUGCGUGGGUAAGUCUGCUGUGCAUGCGCUUUGAGACACGCGGUGGAGGAUUGGGGCGAGAUAGGCGGCAGGAUGCCAAUGAUUGCUGUGGUGUGUCCCCAUGCAUAACAUACGGUAUUAUACUGGUUACGUUGGCUGUUGGCUCAACAGCAUAAGCGGUAGGCGGUGAGCAACGUCUGCAAGCAAGAAAGGAGUUGAGGAUAAAGUUUAUUAAAUAUGAUGAGGGGGCGGCUGGUGCGCCCGCCGCGGUCCGGUCCCAUACAUGAAAAUGGUC